CCAGCCUGCAGCCUGCGCCGCGGGGCCAACUAUUCCAGAGCAAAUAGGCACUCUCUCUAUUCAUAGAGAGCAUCCAUCAGGGACGGAACACAUCACAGACAUUGGGCAUGAUUCAGUGGCACACAGAGUCAAUUUAUACCCGCUAGUGUAAUUACACCUUUGCUCGGCGGUCACAAAGCACCGGGGCCGCUGACCGCCGGGCACCCUUAGGCGAGGGGCUCGCAGGACGCCCGCCCCCGGGGAGCUCAAGGGGCUCCAGCAGCCCCCCGUCCCCUCUGCUCGGGGGAUGGACGAGGGGCGAGCGAGAGCACGGAGGCAGGGGAUAGCGGAUUCCCCCGGCCGCGCCUGGCAACCGGCCCGCCGCCCGCCUCGGAAUAACGCCCUGGCGCGGGAGGAGGGGUGGCCGAGCGCGGCUGCCAGCGGAGGUGGCUCCGGCUGAAAAACAUCGGGACGAAAAAUAAAAGAGAGGCUCGGGGCGAGCGGAGCAGCGCGGAGCAGCGCAGCGCAGCAGCCACCCGCCCGUCGCCACAGGCCGCUCCGCUGCCGAGACUCGCCCGGCCGGAACCUCUGCUCGCCUCACCUCAGCUCACCUCGGCUCUUCUCGCCUAACCUCGCCUCAGCGCCCCGCUGCCGCGUCCCCCGCAAGCCGACGACCGCUGCGAGAUGAGCCCUGCCGGCUUCGCCAUAGUCCUUGUCGUCGCCCUCCUCAGCUCGGAGGCGCAGGGCCAGGAGUGCAGCGGGCAGUGCCAGUGCGGCCCGGGGCCCGGCCCCGUCUGCCCCGCCGGCGUCUCCCUGGUGCUCGACGGCUGCGGCUGCUGCCGCGUCUGCGCCAAACAGCUGGGCGAGCUCUGCACAGAGCGCGACCCCUGCGACCACCACAAGGGACUCUUCUGCGACUUCGGCUCCCCUGCCAACCGCAGGAUCGGCGUCUGCACCGCUCGGGACGGUGCGCCCUGCGUGUUCGGCGGCGUGGUGUACCGGAGCGGAGAGUCCUUCCAGAGCAGCUGCAAGUACCAGUGCACCUGCCUGGACGGCGCGGUGGGCUGUGUGCCCCUCUGCAGCAUGGACGUGCGCCUGCCCAGCCCCGACUGCCCCUACCCGCGUCGGGUGAAGCUCCCUGGCAAAUGCUGCGAGGAGUGGGUCUGCGACGAUGCCAAGGAGCAGACUGCCGUGGGACCUGCUCUGGCUGCUUACAGACUGGAGGAUACUUAUGGUCCAGACCCGACUAUGAUGCGUGACAACUGCCUGGUGCAGACCACAGAAUGGAGUGCUUGCUCCAAGACUUGUGGCAUGGGCAUCUCAACCAGGGUCACCAAUGAUAAUGCCUUCUGCAGACUGGAGAAGCAGAGUAGGCUCUGCAUGGUCAGACCUUGUGAAGCAGACUUGGAGGAGAACAUCAAGAAAGGCAAAAAGUGCAUUCGCACCCCCAAAAUCUCCAAACCCAUCAAAUUUGAGCUGUCUGGCUGCACCAGUGUCAAGACCUACAGAGCUAAGUUCUGUGGGGUCUGCACCGACGGGCGCUGCUGCACGCCCCACAGAACAGCCACCCUGCCCGUGGAGUUCAAGUGCCCCGAUGGCGAGAUCAUGAAGAGGAAAAUGAUGUUCAUCAAGACCUGUGCCUGCCACUACAACUGCCCUGGUGACAACGACAUCUUUGAGUCUCUGUACUACAGAAAGAUGUAUGGGGACAUGGCAUAAAGCCGGGAGGAGACUCUUAACAAGAUUCUGAACUUGAACUGAUGUGCAUCUCAUUUUGUAAACUCAAUUCAAUAGCACAAGGCAUUUAAAUCAGCUUCUUUUUUUUUCAAUUACUAUUUUUUUGAUUUCAACAAAACUGCUCCGUGUGACCUAAGACAAUUUUUCUACUGACCCCAAGUGGUGGUUUGAAGAAGGUUAAACAGACGGCGGGACCACGGCGAGACGCAGCAGCUUCGGAACACGCUGGUCAUGAGGUGGUAUGAAGAAGAGGGGGGAGGGAAAUAGGCUGGAAACCAGAUUCAAGCAAGCGUUCCAUGUGGGACAGCUUGCUUCAUCUAGUAGUGCAAUGGAGAAGGAGACCAUUGGCACGUUUGCUGGUGCUGGAGCCAAGGCCUCACCAGCAGCCUGCCAAGCAGAAGGUGUUCUGUUAGUCAGGACAGUCAUGGUUCAGCUCCGACACUGAUUCGUGUGCUCAGUUGGCAAGAAUCAGAAUCUCUUAGACUGGACAGCUGGUGGCAGUUAACUGUCCUGCCACAAGCUCCUUUUUGACUCUUGUAAAUAGUGUACAUAGAUUUGUACAGUUAUCUAAAUUAAUUUAAAGUUUUGUGCCUUUGUUAAAUGCUUCAAAGUGUCAAUGAUAGCCUUCUCUGGAACAAGAUAGGUAGGAGUUCAAGCUUUUCUUUGACAAUGCAUUCAAAGCAUGAAAUAGAUAUUCCAGUGGAAAUUGUGCAGAUAGGGCCACAUGGGGAGCUGGGAUCAAGAUGGAGCUUGUCAGGGUUGAGCAGCCUUGCAAAGCAUCUGUCUGGCAAAAUGUUGUUGACUUCCACUUUGUUGGACAAGUGGCUUUAAGGAGAAGGGCUCUGCCAUAGCCUAGCAGUCUUUCCACUUGAGUAUUUGUUUCCUUCUUUGACUAUGGCUCUUUGGACAGUUUAUUUGUUGAGAAGUGUGACCAAAAGUUACAUGUUUGCACCUUUUUAGUUGAAAAAUAAAGUAUUUAUAUUUUUUAUAUAAA